AUGCCUGCGAAGUCAAGAUUUACGAGGCUAGAUGCCUUCACCAAAACGGUCGAUGAAGCCCGAGUCCGCACGACUUCGGGAGGAAUUGUUACGAUAGCUUCACUGCUGAUCGUUCUGUAUUUGGCGCUGGGAGAAUGGGCAGAUUACAGGCGUAUAGUUGUCCACCCGGAGCUGAUUGUGGACAAGGGAAGAAGUGAAAAAAUGGAGAUACAUCUCAAUAUCACUUUCCCGAGAAUACCUUGCGAGCUCUUGACACUGGAUGUGAUGGACGUUUCUGGAGAGCAGCAGACAGGUAUCAUGCAUGGUGUGCACAAAGUGAGACUUGCGCCAGAAGCAGAGGGUGGUGCGGCAAUUGAUAUCAAAUUACUGGAGUUGCACAAUGCCGACGACCAAGCUACCCAUUUGGACCCCGACUACUGCGGUGGAUGUUAUGGCGCAAAUCCUCCCCCGAACGCUCAGAAACCUGGCUGCUGUAACACCUGCGAGGAAGUUCGAGAGGCUUACGCGAGUGUUUCGUGGGCAUUUGGACGAGGUGAAAACGUUGAGCAAUGCGAGCGGGAGCACUACGGAGAGCGAUUGGAUGAGCAGAGAAAAGAAGGAUGUCGGAUUGAAGGAGGUCUUCGGGUGAACAAGGUCGUUGGAAACUUCCACAUAGCGCCAGGAAGGAGUUUCAGCAAUGGCAACAUGCACGUUCACGAUCUAAACAACUACUUCGAUACCCCAAUUGCUGGAGGACAUGUUUUUUCGCAUCACAUCCACGCUCUUAGAUUCGGACCACAACUUCCCGAUAGUGUCACAAAGAAAUUGGGAAGCAAGCAGAUGCCAUGGACAAAUCAUCACAUCAACCCAUUGGACGAUACCGAGCAAGUCACCUCUGAAUCUGCAUACAACUUCAUGUACUUCGUGAAAGUUGUUCCAACCUCGUAUCUGCCUCUCGGAUGGGACAGCUCAUCCGCCAACAUCCCUGGCGACCAUGUUGGAAUCGGACAGUAUGGUCAUCUGGACGAUGGCAGCGUUGAAACUCAUCAAUAUUCCGUCACAAGCCACAGGAGAAGCCUGAGCGGUGGUGAUGAUUCCGCAACAGGUCACAAGGAGAAGCUACACGCUCGUGGCGGUAUUCCCGGAGUCUUUUUCUCAUAUGUAUGUUCUUCCACAGCAAUUGCUAUGAUAUCUACUAACACUAAUUAGGACAUCUCCCCAAUGAAAGUUAUCAACCGCGAAGAGCGAACCAAGAGCCUGGCUGGUUUCUUGACUGGACUGUGUGCUAUCAUAGGAGGAACCUUGACAGUAGCAGCAGCAGUGGACCGGGGAGUGUACGAGGGAACGACGAGGCUGAAGAAAAUGCAAUCGAAGAAUCUCUGAAGAAAUUGGCGUGAAGAGCAUAUGGGUUUGGCAUGGGUCUGGCGUUUGGAGAUCUUGGAUCUUAAAUAUGAACCUUUUUUGCUAUUCACACCCCCUCUACAUUAUUACCGCCUAUCGUGAGCUCUAAUGAUGGCUUUUGGACUAACUACAUGUUGUUAACCCUAUUUUGACAUGCAAUAAGUCCAGGAACAGCUCUACUAGAGAAUCAAAACCUUGGUAACCCCACUGUAUGCUCAAGUUCCGUGCUCAAAUCAAUUCUUCGAUGGUUGACGUUAAACUUGCAGAAGCCGUGACUUUAGAAUCCGAUUCACACGUUGUAUCUUCUCUGAAACAACAUUUGGAGGUGUACCGAGUUCCUAUACAUCUUGAAGUGAGUUGACUUCAAAUGCUACAAAGUACAAGACAUGGUUCGCGUUUGCGCAGCAUCACCGUAAGAUUACACCUACGAUAACCCGACUCUUGGAAACUUAGUAUCACGUUUUCGCUCGACGACGGGCACCCACCCCUAGGUACACAUCCCACCACUCUUCACGGCCGCUCUACCUACACCCUCGCUUAUAUCAGGAAGUCGACAUAUCUCACCACAGACCAAGUGGCUCUCUCCCCAUACGCAUCUGACGCUCAUAAUAAGGCCCAUAGUGCUGCGGGAAGGGUCGGCCAUAGCCCAGUAGGGGCCAGCGGACUUUGUCUCUACACCUUAGCAGCUUUGCUCGCCAUGUGCUGUACAAUGCAAACAAUUCCUCUCUUUCCUUUUGCGACAGAGCAGCAGGGUCUCCACCGGGUUCAGCUCCUUCAAACCUAGUUCGUGGGGAUUCGUAGCUUACUUUCUCAUAUUUCCGACUAAAACAGGGAUGCAGACCACGAGACGUGAGUGACGGAAUGUCCUCAUCUACGGGAGACAGACCUGUGCCGAUGUCCUGCCAUUUGAGAAUACGAAGAACUACGCCUUGGCCUUUGAGUCGCUCAAGACUAACAUUAAACUCUGUUGGGCAGAAAUCACAACGAUAGUCCAUGAUGUGCUCCUGCUGAUCUUCUGACAAGCUUUUGAGAAUUCUGACCCAUCGGUGCAAGCGAUUGGUGACGAUGCUAUUACCAGGUGACCAUCUACAAGUGUGCGGACACUUCAGCAGAUUUCUGUCAAACAGAUAUUCUUGAUUGGAUACCUGAGCAUAAGGUACUACGUAUGUCGUUUGCGAACGCAUCAAUAGGCUACCGUUGGCGAUUCUCGGUUCUGCAAUAAACUGUUUGACUUGAGCGUCUUCGAUUGUAGCUUUGCCGCGGUAAGUGAGUAGCUCCAGCAGGUGUCGUUGGUCUUGCCCUUGACGGUGCUGUUUCAUAAUGAUACGAAAUAUCAGCAAGUCGAAAUUUGGAUGAAUGUAAUCUGCCACGCGAAGUUUUCGGUCUCCUGUCCUGCACUUUGACCAUGAUUCGGGAUGAGCCAAUACGUCGGUGAUAGGAUGUAGCUUCUUGCAAUUGUAACAUUCCAGAUGGCCAGGAUGGCCUAGCUCUAAAACCUCCCAACAAGGUGUGUGACGCUGUAAGGCGGGAGUAAAUGCCAUCGGAGGCAUGAUGGCUGUUUUUUUCUUCUUUUUGUAAACUGUACAGGUUGAGAUCGUAUCGAUGAAAGGCUUAGGACGUCUGUAAGAAGGAUUCAGAGAAUAAAGACUUCAUUGGAAUCUUCUUCCACGACAGCUCCGGAAAUGAUUUUUGGUAGAUCCUUUGGCAACUUGAGCUUAAGUCGGAGUA